UGCCGCGGAGCGGAGCCUGCCUGCUCGGCGGGGCGAUUCCUUGGCCGUGUGCGCGCGCGUUCCCGUGCGUGAGCUGCUGCCACCGCAUAUGUACCCCCAGCUGUCACUUCACGGCGCUCAGUCGCUCCCUCUGCCGCCUCCCUCUCUCUCCCCCUAUUUAUUAUUUACAGAGGAUUAUAGUCCCUUUCCCACGCUGCCACCUAACCGUGCUGCUUCCCUGCCCGCCGCACGGGGCAACCGGCUGGCGAGCGCGCAAGGAGACGAGGGCUCGUGCCAACAGGGGUCCAGCGAGAACUCACCGGGCAACGGAGGGAGUUUCUGCAGGAUUUGCUUUGGGAAUUGCACAGGGUUCGCUGGAAGAGCUGGCUCACAGGAGGGUCCGUCCUAGCCUGGGCACAGGAGUUAAAUAGAGCACACGGAAAGCUGGCUGCUGGGGAGUGAAAGUCAAGGAGGGAGAGGGAAGGCACAGACUGUAAUUGGACAGUGCCUGGGAGUCGGGUGGAAGUGGCUGCGGGCAAAGCCCCUCCAGGCUCCGACAGGCAGGCUGCAAGGUGGCUCCUCCAGCCUGCGGGGCCGUGCGCCAGGCUGGCUGGUGGAUGUGAAGACACGCUGGAGAAGACAACGAUGCUGCCCAUGAGUGCUGGCCACCGGUGGAGGAGCAGCUUCCCCAUGAGGUGGCGAGAGGCUUGCCUGCUUGGCUGCUGGCUGUCACUAUGUGCUGCAGAGUCCUUCUUCGCUUGUCCUUCCUCCUGCAAGUGUAACAGUGGCAAUCUGGAAGUGGACUGCAGCGGCUUGGGCCUCUCUUCCAUCCCCUCAGACAUCCCCACAAACACCCGGACCUUCCUUUUUCUCAACAACAAACUCAGCAUCCUCCCAGGACCGGUCUUUUCCAACCUCUCAGCCCUGCAAAGGCUGGACCUAUCUAACAACUUCUUGGACCAGCUCCCUCAGAACAUCUUCAGCGACCUGGGGAACCUCACGGAGCUCCAGCUGAGGAACAACAGCAUCAGGGCCUUGGACAAGGACCUGCUGCAACACACGGCCCUGCUGCGCCAGCUGGACCUCUCCAUCAACGGCCUGGCCCACAUACCCUCGGGCAUCUUUGAUGAGUUGCCCGCUCUCCGCUCCCUCUCGCUCAGGUCUAAUCGCCUGCAGAGCCUGGACAGGGUGACCUUUGAGCCUUUAACCAGCCUGCAGCAACUCCAAGUUGGGGAUAACCCCUGGGAAUGCGACUGCAACCUCCGAGACUUCAAGCACUGGAUGGAGUGGUUCUCCUACCGAGGUGGGAAGAUCGACCAGCUGGCAUGUACCCUGCCCAAGGAGCUGAAAGGGAAGGACAUGCGAAUGGUGCCCAUGGAGAUGUUUAACUACUGCUCGCAGCUGGAUGAUGAGAACAGCUCUACCGUACUGGACAAUAUUGGCCCGCCAUGCACGAAAGGAAGCACAACUUCUUCCAAAUCUAAAUCAGGCCCAGAACCAGAGGUGGAGCCCAGUGUGGGAUGCCCUCAGAAACAGCGAUACAGGCCUGUGAGCGUGCGCCGGGCUAUUGGCACUGUGAUCAUCGCGGGGGUGGUUUGUGGCAUUGUGUGCAUCAUGAUGGUGGUGGCAGCAGCUUAUGGCUGCAUCUAUGCAUCCCUCAUGGCCAAGUACCACCGGGAGCUGAAGAAGAGGCAGCCACUCAUGGGCGACACAGAGGGUGAACACGAAGAGCAAAAACAAAUCUCCUCUGUGGCAUGAAACUCUUCUAGGAAGGCAAGGACAGCAAUUAACAAAGGUACCUGAGAGCUGCCAAGCAUGGGGUCCUCCUGCAAUACAUCUUCCCAGACAGACAGACUGUGCUAUUGCUCCACUCACCCAAGUAGUGCAACAUGCUUCUGGGGGGUCAGGACACCUGGCUCUAACUUCUGUUCUUCUGCCCCAGGCCCCUUUUGUGCCCUUCAAUUCUUGGGCCCUUCCAGGCAAAUAAAGUAGAGUCAGACCUCGA